ACGGGUUCGAUGAUAUGCGCAAGCUGGGUCGUCAUGAGAGACGUCGUUGGAUCGGCCAGAUACACGGACGCCUGUGCCUUGAGACAAUUCUUGGAGGCGCCCAUAUUAUUCGUUGCACCCAUGAUACUAGGUGCCGCAUAUGAUAGCAAGCAAGGGACACGGCCUGUAUUUACGAUCAUCGGUGUACUGAUGCUGCUGUCGGCUGCCAUCGCUGUACCGCUGCCGAUUCUAACGAGAAGACGCGAGAAGAAGCUCAGGGAAGGAGACAGUGCCGACACUGUAGCUGCCGAAGCCGAGUCAUCUGAUAGCUCGGAGGAGGAAUCGGAAGAUGCUUUCUUUGAUGGUAUGCCAAGCAACGUCGUAAUCAUGUAACGGUAGUGACUUAGCGUACCGUUGUCAUCGUGUAUUCAUCGAGACAUUUAUUGAAUAUAUAUUUAAAUUAAUAUAUAGUUCUUUAGGUGCUGGCUUGUGAUAGAAUUUAUUAUCGUGAUAUUGUGUGAAACACCAAGUUCUGGUAUUUCCUGAUGAUGGAUCCUGGCUGGUUAUUUGUUGCUAAUUUGCGGUAGUGCAUAGCACACCUUUCCUAUUCAAUUAUUUGCGAGUAGUCACGAUAACUCGCGUGAGCUUUACUUGUACGACGUAAUAAUUAUAAUAAAUACGCGAACGUAUAUAUAUAUAAUAUAUACUAACGUUACUGCCAGUCUAUUGUAUGUUGUAGUAUUUACCCUAAUUAAGUAGCAGACACAUGUUUUUUAGAACGGAACUGAUUAUUUUUAUAUAUAAUGAAGUUGUUAUUUUGUAUGUC